GUUGAUUUUUCUUUUGUGGGUGGACACUGGACACUGUAUGGACAGUUUCGGUAUAAUAAGUAGUUGUUAUAUGGAUAGGUAUUUAAAGUGAGGUUAAGGUUUAAGGCAAAAGGUACUAAUAAUCUUUUCAACGAAUUGUGAGUUAUGAUUACAGUUUUUGAAAAUUGGUAAAUCGGCCUAGUUGUCUAUCCUGUUACUAGAACUAGUAAUUUCCUGUCUUCAAAUUUCAAAUAUGUCUUCUUCAAAAGGGAUUGUUUUGAUUCUUCACAGAACAUUUUCAACUACAUCUUUGUGCUAUGGUAAAAGGAAUUUUAGAAAGUUUAUUCUACAUAAUCGAGGAACUAAAGCUUUUAAGGAGAAAAUGAAAACGGACCCACCACCAAAUAUGCCUCCACUGUAUAAGUAUGGACAAAGAGAAACUGGCUAUAAAGAUGGCAAGAAAUUUAUUGAAGUGCCUGAGAUGAUUCCAGAAAUUAUUGUGCCAGACUUGACUGACUUCAAGUUGAAACCAUAUGUUUCAUACCGUGUCGAAGACUUUUCUCAACCUGAAUUCACUGCUCAAGACCUAUUCAUAGCUGUAUAUAGAGACAAGAUUGCCAAAGAUUUUAAAGAAGGAAAACUAAAUGAAGACGGAUCCCCAAAGGAACCCAGCCCUGAAGAAGCUUUGACUCCUGAGGAAGCAAAACUUAAAGUGAGACAAACUGGUUCAGAUGUGUAUGGAGAGAGAAGCCCAAGAGAAAUAAAUGAUUAUGCAUUACGUUACUAGUAUCACUAGUAUAAUAGUCAAUCAUACUAUGAUUAAAUUUAGUAUUAAACUUUGUUAACACAUA